UUGUUGUGGUCUCUCUAGUGUGUGAUAAGUACAGGGAAAUAAACAAUGCAAUAAUGGCAAGAGUGGAGGCAAAGCCACUAAAAGCCACCCUUUGGGAACAAGCAUGCUUCAAUCAGGAACCAAAAUGGAUAAAUUUUAGUGGCCUAUUUUAGUGUAGACUAGGACUAUUUCAAUGUAAGUAGGAAUUUUAUUUUAGUGUUAAUUUUAAUUGAGAGACUAAGAUUAAGAUGGAAGAGAUUAAUGUUAUAAAUAAUAGUAUUGUAGGAAAGACUAUUUGAGUUUAGGCUAUGGAUAAAUGAUACAGAGUUUAAGAGAGGGUAAUUUCUGUUCAUUGUUGAGAGAGAUAUAUUGCAGUCACUAUUGUUUCUGCUUCAUUUCUCUCCAAUUUUUUUAAUUUAAAAAAUUAAUUCUUAUUUUGUUAUUAUUGAGCUUUUUAUUGUGUAAUCCUGAUGCAAGCAACCAUUGACUACCCGGACAGCUUGUUCGAUUUGAUCAGUUGUAUACAUCCCCAAAAAAACAAAAAGAGAAUGCUUCAAUAACUGGGUUGGGUACAUUUUGCAGUCACUUAAUUGCUUGACUCAUCUGUGUUUUCUCUUACAUGGGUAUUAUCAGAAACUACAGCCUUUGUAUCUAUAGGACUAUUGUUCACAUGAUCAAGCCUACCUUAGCUAUGGCAGAAUAUAACCAUCUAAAUUCUUAGCUUUUGCCACCUUUGAGUCCUUCAUCAGGUGGAUUGAAUUAGAAAAAGGUAUCAUUAUAGCAUGAAGGAAACUUCAGGUGUCUGUAUUUCAAUGACCCCAAGAUGGGAUUUCAAAGUUCUCGAGGCUGCACAGAGUACUUUCAAGCAAGCUUAUCAUUUGUUCAGCUGUAUUUCUGAUAAAAAUCGAAAGAGAAGCAUUCAUGAAGUGAGCCUGAUUGCUCAAGGUGCAGUCAAUGAAUUCAGAUAUCUACUCACUCUCCUUGAUGGAUCAUCACAGUCGGAUCCUAAAAGGAUCAGGAAAGGUCCUUUGCCACUUUCCUAUGACAUAGAUCCAGUUGAAUUGAUGGAUUGUCCUAGUUCUGUGCCCCAGAGCUCAGGAUGCAACUUGACUACCCAACCCAGACCUCAUAUAAUUAGACAACUAUUCCCUCUUCAGAGUAUUCAAGCAACCAAUUCCUUGAUCCCUAUCAAUAGUUUCAGCUUUGACAGGAAAAGAAAUAAGUCUAAAGCCAAUGUGGAUGUCACAAACAGUUUGACCGUAUCGAACCUCUCAUUAUCACAGCCAGGCACAUCUUUUUUAAGCUUGGAUAGAAGAGGUGGCCCAGACAAGCGAUUAGUUCAUUAUUCAGCAUCUGAAACUCUGGGAUCUCGAGACAAUUCCUCUGUGUUUCCAAAGAGCACGAGUGGGAUUAUGAGUGAGGAGACCAGUGCCAAGUGCCGAGCCUCAACCGGUGAAUGUCACUGUUCUAAGCGAAGGAAAUCAAGAAUCAAGAAAAUAAUUCAAGUCCCGGCUUUAAGUGGCAAAUUAGCUGAGAUACCUCCAGAUGAUUACACUUGGAGAAAAUAUGGACAGAAGCCCAUAAAAGGAUCCCCUUAUCCCAGCCGUAUGAGGGGAUGCCCUGCAAGAAAGCAUGUGGAAAGAUGUUUGCAGGAUCCCACUAUGUUAGUCGUCACCUAUGAAGGGGAUCAUAAUCACUCCAAACUUACAUUCCAAUCGCCUAACGUAUUGAUUCAGGUUUAAUCUGUUAGUUAAGCCUGUUCUACUUCUUUAAAAAUAUGCUUCUCUCUUUCAUGUAAUAAUAACUUCAGCAACUGGUGUGCAUUUGUAAGUGUAUAUAUACUCUUUCAAAAUUUGUCCUAAUUAUUAAUGAUUUCUAAUUUGCUUCAUAAA